UUAUAUUCUAUCAUUUUCUUUGCAGUGCACACAUCACAGGCUGCAGGUCCUGAUUUAAUCAUGAGGACAGAUUUUGUGAACGUGACGGAGGAAAUGAACCAUGGGUAAGUUCUUGUCGGAUUUAAUCAAGACUAUUCGAUAUGUACUCUUAUGACGUUAGACGAUAACUUCCUCUUGAUGGACGUCUGCCAUAUGGCGGCUCUCACGCUGGCCGCCAAUGAAACAUAGCCUGCUCUUAUUUUCCCGCAAUGAAAUAAAACUCGGCGAGGCUUUUUUUUUUAUGAAAUGUAUUCCAUACAUAACUUUUUUCGUUGACUGGUUUGACUCCGUCAUUUUAUUUCUAAUAAUUUGAAAGUCUGACAAACAUUGAAAAAAAAAAGAGAAAAACUGAUGGAUAAUUUUCGAAGAGGAAAAUAAAUGCUUGAUUGUCGUCCACUUGUAGUUUUUUGAAGGGUUAGGGAAUGACUUACCUGAAAAUAAACUUUGUGUAAGAGACCAUUAGUUUCUGUCCCAUCAUAUGCACAUACCAUGUAGAUAGUCAACUGAAUAAGAGAGGAAAUUGUUUAUGCAAUGAUUAUUCGUUUUUGUUGCUAUAGCGACCAUUUUGGAUAUGUUACCACCCUUAAACACACAGAAGACUCAUCAGCCGACGCCAAAGGUAUUCACGUGACCUGGAUGCUAGCUUCUUACAUCAAGUACCGUCAUUUGGUAGACAUUUCUCUUGGUAUUAGUCCUCCGCAAGUCACACAAAAAGACGAUAGUGUUACCUUGAAGGUAAUGAAGCACACUUUCAAAUCCUCUAGAGGAUUUAUUUUUUGUGCAAAUGUAAAUGUCAAGUGUGAAGGGAUUCAUAGUACAGAAGGUUUUUUGUAGGUAGGUUCAAAUUAUUUUUUGUUGUGCAUAUAAUAGCGAACAGUCAAGUGAAUCAUUAUAGGUUCAAGUUAUCGCAGCAUGGGACGAAAUCAUUGAAAUGACUGAAAACUACAGACUUUCCUUGAUCAAAAAAUAAGUAUUAUUCAGGUUCAUUAUGAAGAAAGGUAUGAAAACAUGAGGUACUUUGCUAACGAAGGAAACUAAAGACCUAAAAGGUACUUUGUUGAUAAUUAGUAAGAGUGACAUAAAGGUAAAAAGGGACUUCGCGUUAGCGAGAUUUUCGACAGUUAUCGAGGGCUCGAAUCCCUAUCGAAGAAACUGCAGAAAAUAUUUAAGGGAAAUCCAAGGAAAACUAAAAUUUUUGAUCCAACUUAGCGUGGGGUUCGAGCUACCUAAAGGCCCGAGUCGACAAUAGUAACACAUCUAAGUGAAGUUAUUUAGAUUAAACCAGGAAUUUAUAAUCUCUUGGAUUAAACAGGUUCAGUUAAUUUAAGUUAAUUUGUCGCCAAAUGAAAAAUUUAGGUAUUCGACGAGAUGAAUGAUAAAACGUUACAGUUAGAGCCGCUUGAAAUGUUUUUUUUUGUCGUUUUACAGCGAUUUUUUUUUAUUCUAUAAAUUCCCUUUUCGUGACAACGGAAUUAAGAAAGUAUCUGACACAAUCUGCCACUGUAAACAUCAUACGAGACACUUCAACCAUCUUAAGGUCUUUUUCACGGGUAGAAAGAAUUGAAGCUUCUAUCGAACGCCAUUCAAUUUUUUUCAUGCGAUAAUUGAAUUAUUUUUUUUAACUCGGCGUACAUGAGCUGUAGUUUUGGUGUCCCAUCAUGGCAAUUAGUCUGAUUUAAGUCUAACGGGUUGCUCUUACAUCUUCUAUUUUAAGUUCGACACUCUUAGCUGGGGAUUGGAAGCCACAGUCUCCUUCAAAGUUCAGUUUGACCCAGAGAUGAUCCUAAAGCCGAAAUAUUAUGACAUUGUGACGCCAGUUCAACUUCUCUACUACGAUGACUACCAAGAGAAUAACGGUGUAGUUACCAAGAAGAACGUGCACAACCACCCUCUCAGUAAAGUUACCUUUGGCGUCGAAUUGCCAGGUAAGAGUCAGUCACCAGGAGGGGGGUGUCGGACUUUGUGGGGGAUUAUAUGGUUUUCAGGGUGAACGGAGGAGGGAUCAGUCCUUGCUAUCCUCCGACCCUCCCUGCCCCUUCCCCUCCUGAAUUAAUGACCGGUCGAUAAGUAAGAUACAGUCAGAGUGGAAUGCGUGACAGCAUGUACGGUGCAUUACCGCAGCGCGAUAAGACAUGCCAAAUACUUCAUGUUGAGUCAACUUAUAGUCUCCUUUACAUCUAACAGCUUACAUAGGCUCCUCAGUCUCUCUUGGGUGUUUACUACAGGAAGCUAAUUGUAAGCUUUACAUUCAGUAGUUACGGACUCAUGCGCAACUAACUUUUGAUCGACAUUUUUUUAGAGAUAAAUUCUUCCCGGAAAGAUAACAGCGGGUAAAUAUUUUUCUUUUUUUCAAAGCGCUAUUUGAAAGCUUAUAGCACCACACAUAAAACUCAGUUUUUUCGAAGUGCUACUUCUUUUCUUCUUAUUGUCGUUAUUUUAUAAUCAGUCCGGCCACGAUUAACGACUCCGUCUCAACUCACGUUUAUUUUUUUUUUUUUAGGCUGUUCACAGCCAUUGGGAAUGAAAAGUGGAAGAAUCAAUGACUAUCAGAUUACAGCUUCCUCAAGUUAUGAUGAAUCUCAACCAUCGCGAGCGCGAGAGAGUAAGUAGAAAAACUUUUUUAUUGACGGUGGCGCGGAAGAAUACUCACCACGCAUGUGCAGAUGUGGUCAUCAUUGCGAUAACAUGACACUUGACACAUGCCUGAAGAUGGUCUAAGCACUGUAUUGAGGGAACUUCUAGUUGUAUCAUUCUUGUCUCCAGUUUUCCCCAAUUUUUGCAGCCGCGCCUGCUUUUUGUUAUUUGCACUCGUUUUUCUUACAACCUAGAUUCAGUGGUGAUGCUGUAAAGAGAAAUUUGAUGUAUGUCUCUCGCCAAUCAGACGCGCGUUAUUUCUUCAUAUUUAUUAACUUCGUUUUUCUUACAACCUCGAUUCAGUGGUGAUGCUGUAAAGAGAAAUUUGAUGCAUGUCUCUCUUGGGGGUUUAUCUUGGUAUUAAAUGGGAUUACAAUUUACAGCCAAAGACGCUUGGUGCACUGACAAGGAGGAUAAAGAUCAGUUUAUUCAAGUGGACUUCCUACUCAAGACACGAGUGACACGCGUGGGAACCAUGCGGCGGAUUACCAAAGAUCACUGGGUGUCUGAAUACUUCCUGCAGUUCAGUGAUGAUGACAACACGUGGAAUGAUUACCUUGAAAACGGUCAAGUUAAGGUAGGGCAUACAUUUUGGGGUUCAAGUGGUUGGAGUUUUCGCGAUUUGAUAUAUUAUGUUCUCUAAAACCAUUUUGUUCAUCGAUGACUUUUGUGCUAAUAGGCUGUUUUCGUGAUCGUUUAAAGUGAGAUCUAGAGGUCUGACAACAAAUUAGUCAAAACAAAAAUUAUAAAAAUUGAAAUUGCGGAAAUUUGUAUGAUGAAGGACAAAGUUUGCCUCUCCACGUAUAUCUCCUUACAAUUGUUCUUAGGUUUUCUUCUUACAUCUAGAACGCCUUAAAAUCUGUCACUUUACUGUCAGUGGCGUCGGAAAUCUAAAGAACCCCUCAAGCUCUCUCUAUUUCUUGUGGUCAUUUUAUCACAAUCGAGAUCUAAUUGAGAUCACGUGAAGCGGCUUUGUAGCGGUCCUUUAAGUAUAUCAAGAGAUCCAGAAGGCGUUCUGCCAUUUAUACCUAACGAUUACACCCUUACUGUCUUCAUAUGUAGAUCUUCAAAGGCCCUCAAAGAGCGGAAGACCGAGAAAUGAUCGUCCAUAAACUCCGCCACCCAAUCGAGGCUAAUAGUAUUCGAAUUCGCCCGUGGGCUUUUCAGGAGCUGAUCUGCAUCAGGUUCGAGUUUUAUGGCUGUGACAUUCCAGGUUCUCCAGGUACGAUCGAUAGAGUACGAUACAUUAUCGUUUAUUUUAAAAAUCAAAAUCAGACAUUUUGAUGGCCAAUUGGCUCGAAUUGCAGAGGAAAAGAGGAGAGAUUGGGACUGAUCGCCAUCCGGGGUAAUUCUUAAUGGCUUGUGUAGGGAGGCUCUGCCCGAAUGUGGUACAGUUAAUUCAAAGUGUUAGAUAAUCUGUAAUUGAGUUACUUAAACGGGCUUUUAGUUCAAAUUGCGCCCGUAGGUUAGGUGUCAAUACUUGUCAACAUCUUUGUUCUGGCGCCAGUGAGAAUUUGCAGAUAAGAACGGAAUACUGCAGACCAGUGUGGCUUGAUUGAGUGUUUAACUAGAAACAUACGUAUUUGACAAAAAACUAAAAAGGGAGAAAAAAAUACAGAACAUGACGAAACUUGCUCCUUUCCGGGUUCUGAAACGCACGGCGCGGUGUUACGAACUAACGCGCAUGCCUGAAAAUGCUCACCUAUGACGAUAAAGCCUUUUUGACGGAAGCAAGGAAAAAUUAACAUUCUUCCUUUCUCUCAUUUAUUAAUGCUUAUCACGACAUUGUGUAAAUAAGCAGAAGAUCUAUGCUCAGAAAUAUGUCACCUGUCGAUGAUCAUUUCUUUCUUCUUCUCCAGCAAGCUGCAUCUCUCCGCUGGGUCUUGAAUCUGGUGAAAUUACAGACGCAGCCCUGACUCACAGCCUUCCUUCCAGUAAUCCUUCUAAGCCAGAGUUCAUCCGUCUUCACAAGGACGUGGGUAACUUCCCGUAUGGGUGGUCUGCACGAGCCGCUCAAGUGCCUCCUGACUACUUGCAGAUAGACUUCGGCUCGCUGCGCAGAGUGACGAGAAUGUCUACAAUGGGAGGAACUCUCUCAUUCUUUUAUGUUUCGUCGUACCAACUUCAAUACAGUUUGGAUGGUAUAACGUGGAUGGAUUAUCAUGAGAAAGGGAAGAUUAAAGUAAGUGAAAUUUAAAUUGCGUUUGAAGGGUUUACCAGAUCUCGUGGCAUUAGAACUUGUUUUUUUUUGUUACGGGUGUCUUAGGAGCCAAGAGGCCCACAUAUGACUAGACAACACAACGGAGGAUGAAGGGAAUAAGACAAUUGCUGCCUAUGGGUGCGAAGCUACACAUCGGCAUGAGUCUUAAUCCAAUGUAAAAUUUCACUAGAGUUACUUUGUCUGACACAUAAUGUUUUUAUGGACCCAGCCCGAAAUACGAAGGUUUCGCCAAGGAGAGCAAAUUAGCGCUACAGGCUAUCACAGGUCAAUUAAAUUUAAAUAAUUCUUUUUUUUCUGAACUACAUUUACCCUAGCGCUUCCUGGAGAAGGGCUUCUCCCCUAUAUAAGCCAUACGCGUAUCUGUCGCCUCAAAUCGAUUUUGAUCAUUGACUGCUCAAAUCAGGUAUGGGUGUGGUUUUUAGGUGAACCACGAGAACGUAUCAAAGUAUUCUAAAUGAAUAAUUGAAAAAGAGUUGAAUAUUCAAUGUCAUUCGAGCGUACUUUGUGGGUGAAUUUUCAUCAAUUCAAUUCUUUACUUAGCAGAGCUUCAUUAUACCACAAAAAAGCAAAAGGGAUCCGCAAAUAAGAAAGACCUCUCUGAAAUCAGGUGUGGAAAAAGGAUAAGUUAGAUGGUAGAAGAAGGAGAGACAGUCACUCUUCUUCCGUUCUUGUCACCCCCCAUUGCUCUUGUCUCCCCGGUAAAGCGAAUAAAAAACAUAGCAAAAAAAUCUGGGAGCUAGAAAUUUAAGAGACUAGAAACAAAUCAAAGUUCAAGUCAAAUCUUUGAUUGUGAUUAAGGCUUUAAAUGGACCAAAAAGCAGUAAAGAGGCCGUUUACGCAGUCCUUGCCAAGCUCGCCGAACCGUUCGUGGCCCGUUACCUACGAAUCAUCCCUGGCACUAAGAAUAUGGCUAUGAGAGCAGAAGUUUACGGAUGUUUCGCUGAAGAACUUCCACCUUAUGCUGGUAAGUAGAGUAAAUUUAGAAAUUGUGAUAUCAAAAUAUUUGCAAAAAAUGUUUCGAAGUCGUGAGAAACAAUCGAUCGUAUAGUUUAAGCGAUCAUCCAAUUUUCUGGAGAGGAAUGUUGUCAGUGACCUUGUGACUAAUAUUCAAUAACCUGAGCAAAAGCCAUCAUCAAUGUGAAACAAAGAGUUAAUUUUAAGUUUAAUUUUUUCGGUCUGGCUCACGCAAACCGGUUGAUCAGUUUUGUUGUGAUGCUGUUGAGUCAAGUAGCAUUCGUCGUCAGCGAUAGGUGAGCUGUAGGUCGGUUGUAGGGCAGUUACUGUCACGCAUAGCAGUUUCUUUCGGAGCCGCUUCCUCUCUCUCGGAUGGUCGCCGCGCUACAUGAUCGUCUCUUAGGGAACCAGUCAUUAGAAAUCACCUGAGAAUGGGGACGUCGGAAGAUUUUGGGGGGGAAUCACAUGCUUUCCUGGGGAACAGAGGAAGGGGGGGGUUCAAUCGUCCUCCACAGAAUAUCAAGGGGGGACUGUGGAAAGCGGACUACCCAUGAAGAGGGUGGGGUUCACUAGAACACUACAGAGCCUUAUGGGGGGAUCAGGUUAAAUUUAUUGUAACACAAACAAAUCCUCCGAAGAGGCUCCCCUCCCAGACAAUAAAUGACCUGUCCCUGACAAGUGCAAAUGAAGAGUAUCGUUUUUCGUGCAGGCACCGUAUCAUAUUAAGACUGAAUCUAAACCCUUUUGCUGUUGCUCUUCAGGCGUCUCUUUGUAUGCUCGACGGUCCUUCCUGUUGGAUCCCGACACUGACAGGUUUUAUGCCUGCAUGUACACAAGUGAAUCGUGAGUAUCGAUACCGCAGGUUUUUUUGCUAUUUCUUUAGAGCUUUUGAUAGUAACCUUUCAAUUGGGGUUUCAUAUCGCCUAUAACAACUGACCAAUAUGAGACUCACAAAACGCAAUUGAACUUGAAAAUCGGAACCGGUCUGCUGUCUUGUUCUUGACCGUUCAAACAGCAGAAAAUUUUACUUAUCCAACAAAUUUAUCCUAGAGCUGAAAGCAGCUGCUUUUCAACCACAGAUGGUGUGGAAUGGAUUGGUAAGUAAACAUGACUGUUCUAUUUGAGUAUAACUCUAGUGCCAUCUCCCCCCUCAAGUUUAUAAUUAGCCUCCCAACACCCUUCCACCAAUCAUUGAUUCAAACGUAACGCACAUAGAAAGACGAUUUUGCCAUGCGAAGGAUUCUAUUGGUGCUUGAAGUCCUGGUUUAGUUUCUUCCGAUGAUUUUACUGGUGCAAUGGAUCUCAUAAAGAAAAGCACUUCAAAAUAGCAAUAUCUGAACUUGUCUCCUUUCACGGGAUUUUCUCGAAGCUUCAACAUUUUGUACCUGACUCACAUCUAUACAACCCGAACGUGAUCUAGUAUAAAUAUUAAUCAGCUCCAAGCUUAUAACUGCAUCUUUUUUUUAGCUGUUCAGCCUUUCAUUAUCAGUGUAGCUGCUUCAAAUCCCUCCUUGAAGGAAAUAUAUGGUUUGGACCGAAGAAUGAACUUCCAUCGCAGUUGUGACUCGGGUGAAUCCUGGCGACAGAUCACGGACGGUUACUUUAACAAGACACUGACAGAAUCCCAGCUGAUUAAAGCGAAAGCUCUUCCAGAAAAUCUUGUGUCUGAGAUGCCCACGAGUGACCUGACAGCGCUCGCUGACUCUACUGGGACUACCUGGGGAGGUGAGUGAUUUGAGAAAAAAUUUUAUAUUACUGAUGCAAGAAGGGCCAGUCAUUAUUUGUUAUGUUGUGUGGGAGAAGGGGGAGUUUGGGGAAGAUCAUAUGGUUUUCAGAGGGAGUGGAAGAGGGAUCAGUCUUCGCCAACAGAGUUUAAGGGGGGACUUGAGCAAAUUGACUGCCAGUUGAAUGCCAGUGAGGUGGGAUCAGGUGACACAACCCAAUCCUCUAACCCCUCAGAUGAUAAAUAAUAAGCGGUCCUCAGUGGAUCCUGUUGAUCCGGUUUCGGUUGGUUGCCUCUUGUUCCUUGUGCAUGCCCUCCCCUGAAAAGUGUACGCUUUUCCUUUAUUUUGUUUUCCAGUAUCCGGGCGUGGAAUCCAUGUGAUGACUGCUGGAAGUGACGCGUGGAGCCUGGUGGGCACAUGGAAAUGUUGCGGCCAGUAAUGAGAUGGAUGGGUGUUGACAGCUGUGAAGCUUGUAAAUAGUGCACCUUCAUCACAUAUAGAACUCAUGUAUAAGUUUGCAUAUAACUCAUAAAGUUAGAAAAUGGGACUCUUAUGGGGAAAAUAUCAAAUAAACAUUUUUGCGGUAGAUUACAGUUUUGUUGGGACAUGUUACAACUAAGAAUUCAAUAUAUUUGGUAAACAAUACUAGGAAAAGGGCUAAGGGAUAUCGAACUGUAACAAACAUAGAAGACGCGUCUUUCUUUUGAAUAUUUCUUGUGGUCUCACACUAGCCUUAUGGUUUAUAAACUCUUAGUAGUUUCGAGAGAUCAUUUCUGGGUUGUUAACAACACAGUUAACUAAACCCAGAUUCGCUGUAAAUUUUUAUUUCAAUUUUGAAACUUCCAAGACAGUUUUGUUGAUAAAACUUAGUAUCCCCUAGUUUGCUCCUCGGGAAGAUGAAGGACCUGACAUACAGUUGGGAGCAAACUGCAGGUAAAUUUCUUGAACUUUGGUGAGAAAACCUCUGCUUAGUUUGAAAUUAAUAAGGAGUUUUGUAUUUAAGUAUGACUUGCGGUAAUGAUCAGAUGACUGCUAAGAUAAGAAAUAAAAUUGUUGCAUAUGAAUCAAUGUUGUUGUGUUGUUGAUGAUGAUAUUUUACGUUCCCUGCCGUGUUCGGGUUGCAUAUUCCUUUAUUUAAACGGUCUCUCUGAGUUGAAUUUCGCGUUCUUUUCUAACUAAGUUUUUCGUCUAUAGUCUUGAUCCCCAUUUCUUAUUUCGCCCUGCUUUCAGGUUCUGUCAAGUUAACAUCAUGCAAAGGAAAUAGUUCUCACAAUUCGCUAAGCUUCUUAAGGUCUUUCAUCGGCACCCGUUUUUUCUUUUGUUUCUUCACAUUCCAACCACUGACUAAGAAAUAUCACCCUUUUUUUCCUAACUAACUACUGAAUAUCCAACUAUUCGAUAUUCAGACUAAUACCCUAUUCACACGAAAACUUACACAUGUUUUAAAGCUUUUUUGUUAAAAAAAAUAUUUUCUUUCUAAAAGCUGCUUUGAUCGGUGUUUUUCGACUUCAAAUUUGGCGCAAUGAAAAUAAAAGUUAAUGACCACUUGCAUCUUAUGGAAAAUUUAGUUUCCAUUUCAAAUUUUCGGAUUUUCAUUCAGUUAAACCUACGUGUUCUAAUUAAACAUGUUUUAAUGGUGUGAAUGGGGUGUAAGAAAAAAAAUGAGUUUAUCAACACCCUACAUUACACCUUUUGGAAACAUGCUGUUCCCAUCAUCCAUAAGACCGUUUCAAAUCACACUUUAUCUUCUUCCAGUUGUGUUGAUGUGGGCGGCAAUGAAGUGUUUACUCAUCGCAGUUACUUCCUUAUUUUAUAAUUGUUUAUUGAUGAGGAGGUUGGAUUUGUUUCCUCUAUCUGUUGCAUUAUCCUCGCGAAUUUUCGAGAUAAAGUAGGAUUUUAUUACGCGGUUUUUCCAUUGGUCCGACUGAUACAGUUAUCAAUGGAGUACUUAGUUAAUUUUUAAUCUCCUCCAUCCAUUUACUUUGUACAGUUUCGUUGAUGUUGAAGAUUUAAAAGCUAUUAUCAACUCUUAUUAGCACUUCUGGCUGACAUACAUUUUGGAUAAUUGGCUGCUGAAUUCUUAAAACUUAAGUGUGCUUCAUACAUCAUCAUUUCUACAGUUUUCUCUCCGCACUAUCGACCUUUUUAUUACUUACAGGUUAACGGAAUAGACAGAAAGAUAUUUAGUUACAAGGAAUCAUCUCUCACAUAGCGAGGCGCUUGAAUUUACGUACAUUAACAUCGUCGACACGAAAACAUUCCUCAGACAUGCUGUUAUCAAUUAUAAAGUACUUUAUCAAUUAUCACCACUACUUUCAAUUUCAUUGUUAAAUCUAGGUGAAAACAAUGAUAUGCUAUCUCUAAGAUUAAGACUCGGUGAAUAUUUCAUUGUUUAUCGGUGAACAUCUUGAAGUAGAAGGAACAUUGAAGAAAGACGACCAUGAAAGAAGCUAAAGCAAUUUGUUUUAUUUUCUUUUGGCUAAAUCUUUUUCACUCAGGUAAAUUUUGACUCUUUAAAGGACUUUAGUAACAUAUACAAAAAAGCUCCAUGUAAGUUUAGAAGAUUUUCACCGGAAACACCCAAGUGUGAUAACAAGGCAGGUUCAAAAGUGAAAAAGGGUGAUCACCGCGCUUCAACAUGAUGAACGCGCUUCAAAAUCGAUACAUUGUUAAUUUUCAUGAGCCUUGCUCGUAUAAAAUGGUGAAAAGAAACCCAUACCUUUAUUUUUUCCGGCAAUUUUUGGAAUAGUACUCACUAGUAACUACGCGCCCUCUUCGAUGGACCAUGCAUUUGAUCACGUUCUUGUGUGGCAAGUAAUUAUUACUUUCCAGGUUCAAUUCUACGUUUCUCUCAUUUGCUCCGUUACUGUUUUAGUUGUAACGAAUAAUUUAAGAACGAAAGCCUCAGUUUGUCUAUACACACACUUGCAUGUUAUGACAGACUGAAAGUGAAUAAUAAAUCAAGGAAUGUGGUCUUUCCUCUACAAAUGUACUCUAGCUUGUUUUAAUCAACCGUCUAUGUUCAUGUCAGCCUCAUCAAUCUACGGAAAGUACAAGAAGGGAACUUAAAAUUCUUUCGUAUAGCAGCAUUUUAGCGCGAUUUUUUUUUAACAAUUGCGGAUUUGUACAAAAGCCUUCACUGUAUACUACACGCGCCGCUGUUUAUAUCUUGUAUGAAAUUUUUAUGUUGCAGUUUGUUCUGAGGAUCAUCGAAUACAACGAAGGUCAAACAAUGUAGGUCGCUUGCAUGUUUUUUGUAUGAUUUUUAGAGUAGUCUUAACCCUUUCCACACUGAUAUCGGUAUGUAUAUUCCCUAUACCGUUCUCUAGACAUUUCCUACCAUACUGACAAGGAGAAUUUGUUAAUUAAUCAAGAGCUUUUCGGUUGGUGAUCAUUUCCUUUAUUUUCAUGACAAUAAUGUUUGAUUCAGGGGUGAUACUGUAAGGAGAAAUUAGAUGCUAGUCACUCUUACGGAUCAAAGGGUCAACCAGUCUUGUUGUGCUGAUAUUGUUUCAUCGUUUGUUAUUCUUUCUCUUUUUUUUUCAAUUCCCAUACAUCCCUUAUGCCUUGAGAGGUGUUCAUAUGAUAAUUACCAUUAAGGGAUGCAUUCUACUACAAUUCUUUUUCGGGAUAUUCUCGAAUCAUUCUCAGCUUAGUUUUCCCACGUCACGUCAGAAGAGCCUUGCAGUCUGAGGCCGACUGGAGAAUUCCGCUGAUGCGUUUUGUAUAUACAGAUGCGACGCCAUGAAGAACAGACAAACUUAAAAUCCCUUCGAAGUACUAGUGCAAGACCCGUAGAGCGAAAAAAUACAUUUGGCAGUGAAGCCUUUUAACAUCUGACUCAGUUGUAUUCCAUGAGCAUGAAGUAAAUUUAUGUAUUUUCGUUUUUAGGUUGAACCUGCAUUACAGAUGACCGUCGGUCACAACCUGAACAACAGUAUGGCCAUGAAACACGGGUAAGUGGAUGAGUUACACAGGGUUAAUUUAAAAGCUCAGUACCUAGGUCUCCCUUCUUUGAUGAACCGAGAAGUGCAAGAAAGAGUCUGGACAUGAGUCAAUCCGUAGUACCCUUGACGUCUGUUACGGCAGACGAUAACUUCCAAAAAAUUAUAUAUCAUGAUUUACUCUUUAAACGUACCUAGUGUGUCUAUAAGUUUUCUGAAACUUAUGUCAUUCCCACCAUGAAAUCGAAAAACCUUUAUCCGUUUACACCCUAACAUCAGUAUGUAUAUUCUCCACACUGUGCAUUUCCUAGAGUGCUAACAUGGAAAAUUUGUUUAAUAAUCAAUUAAUAAUCAAUAGUUGUUCAUGAGUGAUAUUGUCAGGGUGUAGAACUGUUGUAAUUCAUUCAAAAUAAUCACUAAAAUUAACUCUGCCUUUCACUGAGUUAGCUUCGUGGCUUUGUCUCUACCACUGCCGUUCUUGUUAACCGCAGUUCUUUUUUAAUAAUUUGCAUUCAUAACAGAAACGGAAGUUUGUUUCGGUCCCCAGAUCUGAAUAUGGAUAUACUUUCAUAGUAAAGCACUCCGCUGAGUCACGGUCAGACGUACGUGGCGUUCAUGUGACCUGGAUGCUGACGCCAUUUGUCAAGUUUAAAAAAGUGGCCUCUUCUUUAAUGAUGGGCUCUCUUCAAGUUCAGCAGAAAGACGACAGUGUGACCUUCUUGGUAAGCUGACAGAGAGCUUCACCAUUAGUUAAUCACUUGAGUUAGACGCAUAACAAUCUUUAAAAGUAAGUUUUGAGCUGCCAUGUGGUUUUGACCCAACUCGCUCUUGUGUGUUACAUCUUUCAACGAGUGAUGUAACGGCAAGAGAUAAUUUCGUCUUUCUAUGGGCUAAAUUUCCAUAAAAGGCAGUGUGAGGGCACAGACCUUAAUAUGGUAGAUCUCGGAAUCGGGUCUUGAUCCUGACCUAGGGACGUAACAGUAAUAUUCAGGCGGAAGUAACAACACUCGGGGAAUUUUGAUACUCUCAAAUUGAUGUUAUCGUACAAAAUGGGCCAUGGAGUUAAAGUGUAGAACGAAAGAGGCCUACUUUACCAAUUCAGCUUAAAACACUUAAUUGAGACUUCACCUUGGGUUCUCUGUUCUUGUUUCAGAUUGACCGAAUUUUGUGGGCGGAAGAAGUCAAAAUUAACUUCACUGUGAUAUUUGACAACGACUUCUCCUUAAAAAAUGGAAGACAUCAUAUUGUAACCCCAGUAGGCUUGCUAUACUACAAGGACUACACAGACGACGGUCACGUGAUAACCAAAGGAGCCUCUUUCUCCAGUCCCCUUCAAACAGUUACCAUAGAGAUCAAUAUACCCGGUGCGAAUGGAUUUAAAAUAUUUCACCAAAAUCACGACAAUAUUGUGUAUCCUUAUUUGGACAUUUAGACAUCAGCUGUUGUUCUAUCAGUGAAUUAAUUUUGAUAAUGAUACGGCAAAAAGAUACUGGUUAAAUAGAGUUUUUCCGGGAAAAUACAAAUCAAUUGUUGAUAGGAUAUCGGGAAACACCUGUAAUUAUGUUUCACAUAAGUUACGUAAAACCAAACCAUAGAUAUCAAAACAAUUAUUCAAAGUAAUGGUAGAACCGAGUUAAAAAGACUCAGAGUUAAACGAAGCAAACUGUCUGAAGCGAGGAAAAACGCAGACGACCGAGUCGCCAUUGGUUUUAGCUUUGUAUCGGAUCGAAGAGGGGGAGGAGGUGUGGGGUGAGUUCUCUAACCCAAUCACAACGCGUAGCUUAGAAAACUAUUGCAGUCCAGAACAAAUUUCGCAUUCAAAUGAACAUAUUUUUUUACAAAAGGUAAGCAUCAGCUAAGGUUGUGUCGGUGAAAACCCAAUAUAUUAUAUAUUUAUAUAUAUAUAAAUAGGAUAAAAAUAGAACAACUUUCUUUCAGGGUGUGAAUCUGCCUUGGGGAUGGCGUCAGGUAAAAUCAAAGAUUAUCAACUGACGGCCUCUUCUACAUACUCAUAUCUGCAGCCCUACAAAGCCAGGCCAGGUAUGCGGACCAAACCAUUGUUACCUACUGUAUUACAUCGUGCGAAAUAUAUAGAUUUAGCCAAGCCUAAAAGCGGAGCUCGUACUUUUUUUCCCGUACGUCUCAAGGGCACAACGCCUUACCCCGGCCAGGACUAGAACCCGGGUCGUCCGACUCGGAGCCCAGUGCACUGACCACUGGACUACUGGAAAAAGCCGUGGCGUUGGCGUGCCCGCAGUACAGUUGACCAUGCAUGUUAAAAGAAGCACCUUGUACGUACGGUCGUACGGUCAUAAGUCCAAAUUUUUUCGGCUUGAUGGGUUACUACUACCAUUUUGUAUAAUUAUGGGGCUACGCUCUGCGAGCUCCGCUACAAUAAAUACAAUAUCGAGUCGGAUUUUAGCCCUUUGACUCCUAAGAGUGACCAGCAUCUAAUUUCUCUUUAAGAUAUCACCCUUAAAUUCACACAUAAAAGUCACGAGAAUAAAAGAGUUGAUCACCACUAAACAGCUCUUCCAUAACAUGGGGAGCGAGAAUAUUAGGUGAUGUUAGGGUGUAUAAGAUGAAUGUAUCACUGCUGAGUUGUGGUAUUGAAGCAUCGCUAGAAAUAGUAUCAUUGAUAUCACAUCGUGUUCUUUUCUAGUAACAUCGUUUUAGACAAUUGUCCAUCGAAGGAUAAUCAAGUCUUUUGCACCAAGUCUUUUGCACCAAAUGACUAAGUAAGAUUUGGAGAGAAAAUGAUGUGUUUUAAUUGUAUGCACUUUUCUUUCGGGUUUAGGCGGAGACAACGAUGCGUGGUGUGCCUUCAUCACAAAUGACCAGCAAUAUAUUCAGAUUGAUUUCACCAAGAAGACACGCGUGACACGAAUUGAAACAUACGGCAGAAGCCAGAAACAACACUGGGUCAAGAGAUAUCUAAUUCAGUUCAGCAAUAACGAUAUGGAAUGGUACAAUUACACGGAAAAUGGCUUUGAUAAGGUUAGAAAAGACUCGUCUUCGUUUAGUUUUAAGAGGACAACGUAUGCGUAAAGUGCGUUUACAUCGGUAAAUCUCAUUAUGUCCAUUUGUGCAGAGUGCUUCAAAUAUGACAAAGGGGCGCAGAGGGUAGAAAUCGAGGCUACAAAAGUUAACUUGGAUGUAUGACAUUAACAAGUUCUUAAAUGAUGUUUCUUUUAAUUCGAAAUAAGCCCCUGGGAAUUUUUUGAAAGGCUAGAAAAUUGUACAGGACUUAUGGGUUUGGGCGAUUGUUUAAGUCCCUGCAAAGUUUACUCGAGCUUACUCAUUCAAAAUACCCCUAGAACUCGUUUGAUUUCAUUCACGAACUUAUCUAGUGAUUAUGACAUCGUUAUCAACUUAUGCAUGGAUGUCGAAAUAUUCGAAAAAACUUUAGGCCACAGUUGUUCGAAGGAUCGAUAACGCUGGUAACUCUCUCACCAAAGCUAAUAACUCUCAGUUAUCAAGGGUUGACAACUGGAUAGCUCUCUAUCCAGUGUUAAUUGCAAUACGUUUUGUUUACUUUUAUCCAUUAGAAAGCGAUUUAUCCAUUGUCUGGUAUUAUCCUCCCUUUGAAUGCCAGGGCAAAGGGCUGUAUAGAGCUCCACUUUAAAAGCCACAAGAACGUUUUUCUUUUUACUCUCUCAAUUAUAAACGACAAAACUAGAUCAGUCGUUUUCUUUUUGAGUAUGGAUAUACUUUGAAUUUUGUUUCAUUUAGGAGUUCCCUGGGAAUUUCGACAGGUCCACCUCAGUUUCUCACCACCUGAAAAAUGAAAUUGAGGCGCACAGCAUCCGCAUAAGGCCGCUUGCUUGGCAGAAGCUUGUUUGCAUGAGAUUUGAAGUGUUCGGCUGUCCCAUUGAAGGCGCUCCUGGUAAGUUUGUUCAGGCAAUACUGAAUUAGGUUUUAAGCUUCCACGAUCUGGUAGUCUCCUAAUUUGAUACUCUCUUGGUCCAACGGCAUUCUGCAAGACCUGAUGUAACAGCAGAGCCCACUACCUCGUUAUCAUGGCCUUUCUUACAGAAAAUUGCAUCGACCCCCUUGGUUUGGAGUCUGGGUAUAUCCCAGAUGAAGGUCUAAGUCAUAGUGUGGACACUUCCCAAACAGUGUCAAAUCCUACUGAUAUCCGCCUGAACAAGAACGUCCCUGGAUUUCCCUACGGCUGGCAAGCGUCACUGGGGCAACUGGAUUAUCUACAGGUGUAGUAGAUUACAACAGGGUUUGUUUAGCAUUCUAGACCUGUUUUUACAAUGUUAGGGUAGAUUGAGAUGAGAAACAUACCAAAGUCAUCAAUUAGCAAUGAAGAUCGAAAUGACUAUAACAACAUAACAGUUCUUGUACUUUUUGUGAUCAUUUUAUACAUUUAUAUGGCGAGAUCGGAAAUCACCUAAACAUGUCAUUUGUCCAAGAAAUAUUGUGCUGUUGACACCCUAUUUCUUGCUGGGGUGAGGCGUAAGGGGAGCGCUUUUUGAUUAAGCUUCACACUUUACAACCUAUAAUCAGUAUGCAAAUUCUCCAUUCUGAUCUCUAUACAUUUUCUAAGGUGCUGACAAGGAGAAUUCGUUUAACAAUCAAGAGCUUCUUUAGUGGUUGAUCAUUUCCUUUAUUCUCGUGACCUUUAUGCGCAACUCAGGGGUGAUACUGUAAGGAGAAAUCAGAUUCUAAUCACACCUAGGGGUCGAAGGGUUAAUGUAACUAGACUGAAUAUAGAAAAUGGCAGCGACUAACCAGUAAAAAGAGCAUAUCACAACAAGCCAACUCAGUCGUGAAAUGUCGAUGUCUGGCAUAGAAUUUAACCUUGCCUCAAAACAUUUCGUUUUACUUCACUUGGCAGUUUCAAAGAGUAUGUUAACAAUUCACUUCUCCCCCCACCCUUCAGGUUGACUUUGGCUCAUUGCGGAAGGUGACUCGAGUGGCGACGCAGGGGGCAAGUUCGUUCUUUGUAACACGUUUUCAGCUGAAGUUCAGUAACAACAGUAUUGAGUGGUUAGAUUAUACAGAAAAUGGAAUCGUGAAGGUAAAGUUGAAAAUUUCAAGACGAUCUGAUUCCUUUUCACAAAGACGAUAUAGAAAGAUAAAACGACCCUUCAAAUUUAAACGGGAACCAAAUUAUCGAAUUCAUUUUCAAGAUUCUAAUCCUCACGAUAUAGCUAAGCAGUUGACGAAAAAAUCCCACGCGGGGGGAGGGGGUUUACCUCCUAGUUAUGGGCUAAUGGGGAUGUGCCGCUGAAUGGGUUCGCAUUUUCACGACUGGAUUGACCAUAACAGGGUUACAUUUUCAAUAGAGUUACAAGAAUGGAGUCGCAAAUUUUCGGGGGUAAGAAAAUUCUGGUAAGUAGGGAGUUAGAAAUGGGAAUAUUCGCAGUUAAAAAGUGUGCAUACAGGUCCGGAAAUGAAAUGAAAUUCAUUGUAUGUGGCUCUUCAAAUUCUGAUCUGAAUAAGACUGUUCUUAUUUGCGGAAGAUGGAAAACCGGACCACCUUGAUAGACGGCUUCAAAAUAAAAGCAACAACAAUCAACCAAACAAAUAAGUCAACGACGAAAAUAAGGAGCGCAACUCCCUCGUGCUUAAAAUAUAUCCAUGUCCUUAACAACGCUGGAUAAAAACACACUGAAGAGGGAAGGGACAGGAAUUUGGCCAUUUUACCGAUGUUCCAAAAAUGACGAAUGUGUUAUGGCAACUCUUGUCCUUGAUUCUGAUUUUCAAGUUGCAAUCAAUCAACAUAACAUAUUGUCGGGGUCGUAUAUCCUUUUACGCGUUCGCAGAGGCUAUUUUUGUCAGAGACAAUUUUCGUCAGAGACACCAUCAGCACCUGAGGAAAGAGUUUGAACCUCAGUGUGGCCAUGUAACAUCCGCAUGCAAUCUAAUUCUCGUCGUUUUUCUGUUGCAGGAGCUGAAUGGUCCAAAGAAUGGCCAAGAAGCUAAAAAUCCGAUUCUGGUGAAAUUAUCUGAGCCAUUCACGGCGCGCUAUGUGCGUUUCAUUCCCACCAGCGCUCCAGUUCUUAAAGUAAUGCGAGCUGAGCUGUAUGGCUGCAUGGCUGAACCGUUGCCUCCGUUUGGUGGUAUGUGAACCUUCACACCCUAAUUUCAACAUACAAAUUAUCAGCCCACCUACCCCUCCCCUAGCACAACAUUAACCCUAACCUGUUAUCAGUUGACUGUUCAGACCCUGCCGGAUUCACAUUUCUUAAAAGAAACAAUCCUUAGUCGAACAUGUUUUUUAUCUGCAGGUGUCCACGAAUACUCUCGGAGGGCGGUGCUGUUGGACCCAGACUCCGGACGGUUUUAUGUCUGCAUGUACACUGAGCAAAAGUGAGUAAAAAGUGAUUUUCAAUAGGUAGAGUACAUCUCUUUGAAGAGGUUCUCAUUCUAUGAGUUAUCAAAUUAAUUCUCUUGUUUGCUAGAUCAGAGAGCAGCUGUUUCUCCUCGAGUGACGGAAUGGAUUGGACAGGUAAUGUUAAGCUAUCAGGGAGAGCAAUGGUUAGCACACUGGAACGGUUAGCGCACUGGAACAUUGAAUUUUGAUGUUCUUGUCAAAUAUAAAAUCCCCGGCAGAGUACCUGUCAAUUCAAGAGAGGCCAGGCGGUCACUAAACGACUUAGCCAUGGGUGUGUAAGAAGUCCUUUUGUUACGCUCAAGGUCUUCAUUACUGAUAAAUUAGAUUAUAACUGGGUAAUUGGCGAUCACCUCGCCUAGCUUACUUUUAACUCAGUCCCAUCUGGUUUAACUUUUUCUUUUAUUUUUUAUAUGGAGAAAACGUGAUGACAACAUGGUUGGGCGGAGGUGAAAUUUUUCGUGGACAAACAAAGUCGGGGGCGAAAUCACAAAAAUUGUAACGUUUUUCCAUUCAGCAGUAAAAAGAAAAAGAUGCAGACCUUCUAAGGAACAUGAUUCAGGGAAUGCUCGUGUUAAAAUGUUUCUCUCGAACUCGUCCCUUGGAAUAUCGAGAUCCGAGUAAAAAAUAAAAUUACACUUGCUCUCCGAACCAGACAAUAGAUGUUCGAUGUUGGGUCAGUGUUGCACUCAUUGAGCAGAAUCAAUCGUUUGAAUAGCGAUGCAAAAUAUUGUGGCUUUUUGACUGAGCCAACUAAAACUCCUUAUAUGUAAUUUACUAGGUCUUGAUGAAUCCAUCGUCAGUAUCAUUGCUUUCGACCCUACAAAUGCAGCGCUCUUUGGAGUAGACCAUAAAAUGAACUUUCACCGAAGCACCAAUGACGGUGUGACCUGGAAGGUUAUUUCCUCCCAAUACUUUUAUAAUUUAAAGAACGAGACAUCCCUGAUAAUGAGCACAGGGAUACCAGAGAGCAUGGUAACUGCCACGCCCAGUUCAUUUUGGUCCGCGACUUCAUCGAGUGGAAAGAAGUGGGGAGGUUGGUAGUUUUAGCAUAUUAAUACUCGACGCUGUGCAUGAUAGAAAAUGAAAAAGCAUUUAUAACAUUCGGGUAGAGCAUAAUUCCCCAAACCUUUCAUGCUUUCCUUGACAAGUUUCCCCGUUCAAAACCUGAAAUCUUUGCUUUUAAAAGAAAGGAAAAAACCUCGGAAAAUCGUAUCUUUGGUUAUUCAUUGAGAUCAAACCCCGCCAGUCUAAAUGCAGCUUAAUAUACCACGUCAUAUAGAUGUCUCCUCAUUUUUUGACCACGUUUCAUAACUUUGAAGCCUCUCCUGUGUUCUGUUUUCCUAGCCUCCCAUUAAGGAAAACUAAGUUAACGAGAGUGUCAUUCAAUUUACAGAAAAUAAGAUACUGCUUUACAAAAUUAAGCCUAUCUUUCCCAAGUUAUACGAAGUCUCACGAAAUGAUGAACAAAUCCAAUGCCUGCUUCCAUACGAGCGCCUGGAUCGUUCCAAUUCGCAACCAAUUUUCGAAAUGAUUAAUUCGGACGAUCCAGCGCUCUUAUGGAAACAAGAAUUACCAACGUCCUCUUGAAAGUGUUCUGCUCGUUCUUUGACUUGUUACUCUUACCAAUCACAGAUCAUUUGACUCAUUUUAGUUUCCGCGUCAGGCGUACACAUUAUGGCCGCUGGCAAUAAUGAGUGGUGUAUGGUGGCAUUGUGGAAAUGCUGCGGAAACUGAUUAACUCACACGAUGUAUCAUAUCAAACAGGCCUCUUUAAAGACCUUCUUUCCUCUGUUUGUCUAAGGUCUUGUUUAUUAGACUAAAUAGUGUAAGAAUUGUAAAAUGCACGCCCUUUUAAAUUAUUAUUUUAUGACCAAACGAAGGCAUCGAAAAAGCGAAGUGGUCGUAAUUUAAGGCAUGUUCCUCUUGUAUUUCGUCGAAUUGAACGCUGGUUUGAUGUAAUGAUAAGUGAAUAACGGAUUUCCGAAGGGGAAACCACACGAAAAAGAGUUCUUUAAAUCUUCAUCCCCGUUAUUUGGGCUUUCACCCCCUUCGAACUUGUUCUAGUGGGAUUGUUUCUCGCCGAAUCUUUAUGCAGUAUCUUUCGCAAGUACGACAUUUCGUCACUCGCUAUGGUUUCUACUUAUUUUCUUUGUAUUCAGUGAAAGUAAAUAAAUAAACUUUAACAUAAAGUAAGGUGGUUAGAGAGCGAGUGUGCAGAUUGAAUUGCAGACGUUGGUUGCCUCACCUGUAAACACAUGAUACUUGGAAGAAGGAAAAUAAAAAAAAACCCUGCAGUUCCUCGGGAGAAAUCAGACAAUAAAUAGCGCUUCUUUGGUCCACCAGUGAUCCAGAAGAUUCGAUUCAUCUUAAAAGUAAUUGUGGAAAUCGCAUUCUUAUUUUAUUUUCUUACGUCAAUGGAGGUCCUCUUUGAAAACACUUCUACUUCGGAAACUUUUUUUCUUCUCCCGAGGGUGUUCAACUAAUUUUGGUUCCUAGUGAGCAACUGCACUAAACGUUUGACUGAAUCUUUUCAGCAUUUCAACAGCUGACCGCCUAUACUUACUGCUUAUUUGUCAAGAGAAAUUAAUCCAAUGCGUGGAAACUAAAAACAUGAUAAAUGGAGUGAAAAUUACUAUUCUAAAAACCAUUUGACCACGGAAAUUUCGAGUAGAUAUAUCCCAUUUUUUUAAUUCUUUGUGACGUUGAACUGAUUUGCCUAAGUAUAUCUCUGUUGAUCCAUGUAAUGUUCGUUGUCUAAUAUCAUUAGUCUAGACAGGAGUCAUCCUUAUAUUCAUUCUCAGUCCUUCUUAUUACAUUGCACAUCCCUUGUGCGCAUAAGUUAAAGCGUGAUCAGCGCUCGAACUUUUGAAAAGGUUGGUCUGGCCUGGACACACCGCUGUUCUUCAAGUUUAUCCGAUACAAGUGAAGAAGUGAUUACCCUAUAACUUCUCUCUAUAAUAUCCAUACAUUAUAAAUCCAACAAGCGAGUAACGAGAAUACUCAAACUUAUCAGGUAGAAGUUGUUAUCUUGGUCUAACACCAAAUUCUUGUAUUUAAUUAUCAUGAAAUUUUUGUUAGCUAGAAGGGAGAAUUUCUAGAACGUUUAGUUCAUACUUGAAAUUAAAUAACAUUGAACAAAAAUAUUCAAUCAGCAUGUGAAAUACAUCAUGCUAAUCUGCCAGGAAUGAGUAACCAACUGAUUCGAACACAUCCCUACAGUUAACCGUAAGGAUGGUUUUGUUUCUCAAGCUCGUUUCUCGUUUUUCACACAGAAAAAUUUUGUCCUGAAAAUACAGCGGCUUUUGAUUCGCGUUUUGAUUUCGUGUGGUUUUCUUUCUAGAAAAUCCAUUCUUUUUUCACCUGUUUCAUGCGGUCUGCUUUAUCUUCGUCCAAUCAUAAACAUAAUUGCACGAAAAAGAUCGUGCAUUAUUUAUGCGUUUAUCAAAUUUUGUUUCUCGGGGCGAAGCUAAGCAUUCGAAACAAUAAUGUUAUCAUUGAGAAUUGACUCACAGGUAAUUCUAAGAUUGAUUUUCUUCUACUCAAUCAAGAUCUUAAUAGAGAAAGGAUCCUCACUUUCUAGCUUAACUUUUAAGGAGAUGUAACUUUGUGUUAUGGAAGAAAUCACAUUACCGCCGGUAUUGAUAAACCUCAUACACAAUAUUAACAGUCAAGGACACCUCAAAAGUUGGCAACUGAAGAGUACUUUAGAAACACACUCGUUGACGCUUGAAUGGACCAGGACAACUACCUGUAACAUCAAUGAUUACCAGUCCGUUGGAUCAGAUUCUACCUUACAGAGCUUAGAAAAAAAGUCUGAUCAAAGUGUUGUCUCAAAUGAAGAUUGCGGCGACGAAUAUUCGAGUCAAGCUAUUUAUGUUACAGAAAAAGAUGCAACGUGCGAACACUCCGAUUUUCCUUCGGGACUUCAACGAAUUCUGGAAGAUGAGGUUGAACUGUACAUUAAUAACGAAUGUGAAACCCCCGAAGCCAUGCUGACCGAGGAUAAAAUCAAAUACGAAACACAAAUUUCUUUUCAAGGGGAACCGCGUAAAUUCAGUACAAUGAAUAAGACACAAGAUUGUCGACGAAAUUCCGGCUGUAAAGCUCCAAUUCAUUCAUCACCAUUGGAAAACAAAAGAUACUUUGCUGAUCACACAACUAACGAAUUAGCGGAUCAAAGAAUAUCAGGAACACACAGCGACCCCUUCUUAAAGCAAGUCAGUCGCAAGGAACGAGCGCUUUGUUCUUGUGGAGGAGUUUUCUCCUCUCGAAAUUCAUCUGUUAUCCAUCUGUUAUCGACCUGUCCUGUUAGCCUGUGCUUUCGAAUCGAACUCGAUUAUGACAUACAACAAGUGCUAGACAGUUGGCAUGGCGACGAGAAAGACAUUGGGAUGGCCUGGUGGCAAAGUUAUAAGACCAAUGGUUUCCCAGAUGCUACGACGGCAUUAGAAGAAAACCAGGCCAAACAGUUAGAAACGCUGGUGAGCCAGUUUAUCCAAAAAGCAAUGUCACAAAAACUGAAAGAUCAUAACGGAAAUGUGUUUGUGAUGAUGAGGGGCCUAAAAGAUCUUCAAGAUUAA